UGCACUCUCACGUUAACGCACAACUCCAAGUGGGCAUCCUUGGGAAGCCGGUGAAGAAUCUAGUCACGUAGGGGGAAAGAACACAUACAACCGCCAACAUGUGUGACAUGGGGGGUUUGGAUAACCUGGUGGCCAACACGGCCUACCUGAAAGCCCAAGGAGGGGAUGACAAGGAGAUGAAAAAGCGUCGCCGCAGCUUGUCUCUGCCCAAGCCAGAGCAGUGUGCUGCCCUCCGAGGGGCCCUGGAGAAGGACUUUAUAUCCCUUUGUGAAAGGCAGCCUAUAGGGAAAAAGCUUUUCCGCGAGUUUCUGUCAAGUACCCCUGAGUUCAAGCUUGCUGCAGAGUUUCUGGAUGACUUGUAUGACUGGGACCUUGCUGAAGGUGCAACUAAGGAGAAAUCUCGCCAAGAAAUUAUGAAUAAGUACUGCAAAGCUGACUCCAAAUCCUUCCUGACCUUUCUUAUGGAGGAGCCUCUGGAAAAAUGCAAGUCUGUUACAGAUGCCAACUUUGAAGAGGUGAUGAAAACCAAGGUCCAGGAGGGUGUAAGAGAAUUUCUGAAAGACAAGCCUUUUACAGAAUACCAGGCCAGUCCAUUCUUUGACAAAUUCCUUCAAUGGAAGGAAUAUGAAAAGCAGCCAAUUGGUGAAAAAUAUUUCUAUGAAUUCAGAACUCUGGGGAAAGGGGGCUUUGGGGAGGUGUGUGCUGUUCAGGUCAAGAACACGGGUCAGAUGUACGCCUGUAAGAAGUUAUGUAAAAAGCGCCUUAAAAAGAAGGGUGGUGAAAAAAUGGCUCUAUUAGAGAAGCAGAUCUUGGAAAAGGUCAACAGCCUGUUUCUGGUCAACUUGGCCUACGCUUAUGACUCCAAGACUCACCUGUGCCUUGUCAUGACCCUGAUGAAUGGAGGAGACCUCAAGUACCACAUUUACAACAUAGGCUAUGACGGCAAGGGUGUGGACAAGGGCAUAGACAUGAAGCGCAUCAUUCACUACACCGCGCAGAUUGCCACCGGCAUCUUGCACCUCCACGCCAUGGAUAUUAUAUACCGGGACAUGAAGCCCGAGAAUGUUCUGCUGGAUAGUCAAGGCCAGUGCCGACUUUCAGAUUUGGGUCUGGCUGUAGAGAUUACUCCAGGAAAAACUUCCACCCAGAUGGCUGGUACAGGUGCCUACAUGGCCCCUGAGAUCUUGAGCAAAACUCCAUAUCGAACAUCAGUGGACUGGUGGGCCCUGGGCUGCAGUAUUUAUGAGAUGGUGGCAGGGUACACCCCUUUCAAAGGCCCUGAGAGUAAAAAGGAGAAGGUGGAGAAGGAGGAGGUGCAAAGGCGCAUUCUCAACGAGGAGCCAAAGUGGGAGCACAAGUGCUUCGAUGCUCCUACCAAGGACAUCAUCCAGCAGUUCCUAAAGAAGAAAAUAGAUGAGCGUCUGGGCAUGAGGAACAACAUGGAAGAUCCGAGGAAACACGAGUGGUUUAAGACAAUCAACUUUCCCCGCCUGGAGGCAGGGCUCGUAGACCCUCCCUGGGUCCCCAAACCCAACGUGGUCUACGCCAAAGACACUGGUGACAUUGCAGAGUUCUCUGAGAUCAAGGGCAUUGAAUUUGAUGCCAAGGAUGAUAAAUUUUUCAACGAGUUCAACACCGGUGCAGUGCCCAUUCCAUGGCAGCAGGAGAUGAUCGACACUGGACUGUACGAUGAGCUCAGUGAUCCCAACAGGAAAGAGGGCGGAGGAGGUUUUGACGACGACAAGAAGUCCGGCACAUGUGCGCUCCUCUGAGCAGGCCCAUGUUAGCCUACUAACACCUGAUAAUGCUUAAUAAUUUGCUCUUUCAUGCACAAUAGCAUUGAUGUAAAAAGUGGAUCAUGUUUCAUGAGAGGAUGGGCAUCUUUGCUGAAAAAGAGGAACCAUCUCUUGCUUGUAAGGAUGCUCACGGUUUAGAGGUGAGCUGCUCAGUAAAGCAUGAACGGUGAUGUGAUGAUGUACUUUACAAAUCACUUCAGAUCCACAGCUUCUUUUAAAGACAUGCAUAUUCAAUUAUGUAGGCUUGUAACCACAUUGACCAAGAAUGACUGCCAGCAGGAAGUUGUUUUUUUUUUUAUCCACACAAGUGUUAGAGGAUCACACUGUGAGCCAGAAACACUGUAUGUCUUUAAAAAUAAAAAGGUUGUUGCAGGGGUACACGCUUUGCAACUAUAGUUACAUUUCCAACUGUCGGUAAACUGUGGAAAUAUAAAAUGUCCUCUAGAUGAUUAAAUUGGUCAGUCCUGCUGGAUUCUGGAAUAUCGGAUCACUUUCGACGCAUCUAUUUAAACUGCGGUGAGGCCAAGCUGUUUCUACAACGAAGAGUGCUUUUUUUUUACCGCAUUUGACAGAGAAAUUUGUAGCAUUCCUUUAUAUUUGCGAUCUUAGACCACAUAGUUACAUUAAAUCCCAGCAUUUACAUCUACCUGGCAUCUUAGUUUUAUUUUAAUUAUGAAUCCCAAUUGUAUGUGUUGUACAUAAAGAGUUACAUAUCUAUCUAUGCAUGGAAAAGGGAAGCUUAGAAUGCAAGUUUAGAAUGAUUUUAGAGACAGUAAAUAAUACCAAACACAUCCCCCUCUGAGUACCUCAUGUGUUGGUUCUGUGAGGUCCGACCUAGAGGCAAAUGGAGACCUAAGCCCUGGGAUGCUGGGGAACAGAUGAAAGCACAAAUAGCAGCUCUUUGCUGCAAAUGGUGGUGGACAAUAUAGAGGAGUUGGGCAAUAUAUUCCUAUACCAGGAUUUCCCUGUCCAUGGCCCUGCACCUCUGUGAUCACCCAGAGCUAUUUUCAUAGUCUUAGACUCAAACUAGCCACAUAUGGAAAAAUAUUGUACAAGUUAUGUUGAGUCUAGAGACUUUAAUUCAUCUUAGUUCAGUUGUUCUUGUUAAUUGUCUCAGGAUCUUUAUUUGUUUUAAAUGGCAGAUCUUGGGCAGAGUUGAGUUUUUACCAUUUAAGUGAAUAUAAAAUAAAUGUGUAUUCAUGUUUGUGUAAAUAUUAGUGAAAGAAAAUGUAGAAAUGUCCAGUGCAAAUCUGAAAAAUCCUUUACUCUUGAAUUAUUUUGAGCUAAUUAAAUAUAUCUUUUGAAAUCUG